CGUGGUCGUAAUCAACAAAACUGCUAUAAAUUCAAGUCAAAGCCACACCUUUCCGUUCAUGAUUUAUACUAUUUCAUCAUCAACUUAAUAUAUUAAAACACGCCGGUCGUCUUCACCCCUUCUCCAUACUCAACCAACCAACCUGCUGUGCAGAAGAUCUCAUUUCACCAAAACAAAAUGAAGUUCACCGCUAUUGUCUUCGCUACGUUUACCGCCAGCGUCGUCGCCAUAAAGGGUUGUGGUUUCCCCGAUGGUCCCGACUGCAAAUCACUUGGCAAGGGGGCCAAUGGACUUGAGCAGUUCACGGACGAUGGCUGCUGCGUUUUCCCCCUCCGAUGCGGCAACGGCGAUGGAGGCCAGGCGUGCGAGUUCGCAAAGAGUGACAAGAAGGUGAAAGACCUCAGGGGCCGUCGCGUCAAGAUCACAGCAUAGUGUGGGCCUUAAAUACAAUAAUUGGCAAUAAAUUACAGUACGACUAUGUUCAUCUCACUCUCGGCAGGAAUUUUGAAUAGUUGGACUAUUAUGCGACGGUGAG